UCUGCUGGUUAUGCUUCUGCAAUCUCCUUCACUGCCGCAGGCAUCGCGGUGGGCGCAUCGCUUGCAUCGCUCGCGUACAACACAUUCCGCAUCGCGGAGCGACAAGGCAGCGAUUUGAUGAUGGCAGAGACCACGGCGCAAAAGCUCGAGACCGCGGCUCAGAAGCUUGAGGAGAUAUACGCGGCCGCCGUCGCGGACCUCAGCGCCGUGCGCCAAGAGCUGACGGCGACGGCCGAGCUUCGUCAGGCACUCGAGCAGGCGACGGCAAUAAAACUCAAAGGCGAGCUCCAGGCCCCUUCAACGGCGGCGGCGUUCCCAGUGAAUGUCGAGCAGAGCCUCGCCAAGCAGGACACGGCGGCCGAGGCGGCGGCCGAGGCGGCGGCUGACGAGGCUGCGGUUGCCGAGGCGGCAACGGAGGCGGCUGCCGCCGACGCAGAGGCGGCUCUGCACGCGCGGUGCGACUCGCUGUUUGUCGAGCAAGCCUUCGCCCAACUGCUCGAGACGCUCACCGCGGCGCUCUCGUCCGGCCGCGGCGCACCGGAGCAACUCCUGUGGCGCGCCGCGCGGGCGUGCAAGAAGCUCGCCGAGGCGGAGGACCCGAAGUCGGAGGUGCGGAUGGAGCACUUGCGCGACGGGCUCGAGUACGCCACGCGCGCGCUCGAGGCGGCGCCCGAGCUCGGCGCCGCGCACAAGUGGUACGCCAUCCUCCUCGGCACGAGGCCCGGCUCGACGGCCGACAAGAUCAAGUCGUCCUUUGCGGUCAAGCAGCACUUUGACCGCGCGGCGGAGCUCGACCCCGCCGACCCCACCUCGCGGCACCUGGUCGGGCUGUGGUGCUACGAGGUGGCGAGGCUGUCGUGGCUCGAGCGGAAGGCGGCGAGUGCGCUCUUCGCGUCGCCGCCCGAGGCGACCUACCAGGAGGCGUACACGCACCUCUCCCACGCCGAGCGGCUCGAGCCUGGCUUCUACGCAAACAACCGGCUCCUGCUCGCAAAGUGCUGCUCGGAGAUGGGCCAGAGGCAGGAGGCGCGGGACUGGCUCGCCGAGUGCCUCGCGAUGGAGCCGCGCGACGCCGACGACCGCAAGGCGCUGCAGGAGGCGGCCAAGCUGCGCUAUUGAGCUCUGAGCUCCACAAAGGGGCGGCGCGUCGUGUCUUGGGUGUCGAUCUUGGGUGAGCUUUGGUGGGCGCGGCGGGGAUCGCGGGAAGGGAGGCAGGCGAGCACGCACAGGGCCAGUGCGGCCAACACAUGCGAGUACAUACAGUAUCAGUAACCUGGAAAUUCGAACGUCGCGUGGGAUUAUCCUCUAGGACUCGUAUAUGUUAUACGUUUAUGUUGGGUCAUUAUACA